CUCUGCAUAAUGUUGGAAUUAUGGCUCAGUACGACAUCAUUGGGGUUCACGGAGCUGCCAUACUUGCAGGUUCCCUUCGCCUACGCCCCCCAGGUCGGAGUCGGUGUGGCUCUGCUUGUCGUCGGUACCUCUGUCGCUUGCUUCUUCUACCUCAUAAGAAAGCGUAAAGGAUGCUUGGACCCCAAGAAAUUCAAGGAAUUCAAGCUCAUCAAGAAAACUCAGCUUAGCAGCAACACCGCAAAAUUUCGAUUUGCUCUUCCAACCCCCACUUCAGUGCUGGGACUUCCUGUGGGGGAACAUGUAGUCUGCAGGGGAAAGGAUGAACAAGGUAAGGAGAUUAUCAGACCAUAUACUCCGAUCACCUUGGAUUCUGACCUGGGUUACUUUGAGUUAGUCGUCAAGAUGUAUCCGAAAGGAAGGAUGUCCCACCAUUUCAGACACAUGCGCAUAGGUGAUUACCUCCCCAUUCGUGGACCUGUGGGAAGGUUCAGGUACUCACCAGGCCAAGCUCGUGCAUUUGGUAUGCUCGCUGGAGGCUCUGGGAUAACCCCGAUGUUUCAGCUUAUUCGAGCCAUAUUAGAGAACCCAAAAGACAAGACGAACAUCCAUCUUAUUUACGCAAAUACUACAUAUGAGGACAUUCUCUUGAAGGAAGAAAUGGAUGACUUUGCAAUGAAGUUCCCUGAUAGCUUCAAAGUCUAUUAUGUCCUGAGUAAGCCUCCUGAGGGUUGGAAUGGAGGUGUCGGCCAUAUAAUGAAGGAAAUGAUCCAAAGCCAUUGUCCGCCUCCGGCUUUUGACAUUCAGAUACUAAGGUGUGGACCACCGGUCAUGAACAAGGCAAUGGCCGUUCACCUCAAUGCACUUGGAUACACAUCACAAAUGCAAUUCGAGUUCUGAUUGCAAAACUGCAGGAAGCUUGUACAGCAACAUUCACACUGGCAGCUAUCUUAGUGUUUGAUUCAUUUACUUAUGCAGACGGAAUUCUGUAAGAGGAUUAAAUUGAGGACACAUUUCCAGAAAUCUCCGAGCAUUAUACACGUGAUUCUUGGACAACAAAAGAAUUAAUAUAUGUAGAGCAUGUAUGUACCCCAUCCUGGAUCAUGUAAUUUCUAGUGGCCUGUUAAUUAUAUCCUGAAAAGAAAAUAUACGCUUAGCUUAGACUCACUAAGCCUUGAUUUGUACAGUUCAAUUUUUCAAUGAUUUACGUCAAACUCGUGAUGGUGA